AUGGAGUUUAAAGGCUACAAAAAAUGGAAACACAGAAACAUUCAUAAUAAGGAGCUACGAAGAAGAACACACAUGUGCAGUUACAAUAAGAUUUGGAGAUCAACGACAAGCUACAUCAAAGUUGAUAGCAGAUUUUGUAAAACCAAAAUUCUUGAACACGAAAACAAAGUGCGGCCUGCGUACAUAAAGACAGAAAUGAAAGACAAAUACGGAAUAAAGAUGAAUUACAUGAAAGCAUGGCGUAGUAAAGAGCGAGCACAAACCCAGCUACAUGGAAAUGCUAAAGAGUCGUACAAUCUCUUGCCAAGAUACCUGUACAUGCUACAGAAAACAAAUCCAGGAACAUUAAUAGACAUAGAGAAAGAUGAUGAUGACAGUUUCAAAUAUGCAUUUGUUGCAUUGAAUGCUGCUAUAAAAGGUUGGCCAAACUGCAAACCAAUCAUCGUGGUAGACAGUACAUUCCUAAAGGCCGCGUAUGGAGGCACGUUGCUCACUGCCAACACACAAGAUGCAGAAUCGAAAAUUUUUCCACUAGCAUACUGCAUAGUUGAUUCUGAGAACGAUAAAUCGUGGGAGUGGUUCUUAAAAAAAAUAAAAGAAGCAUUCGGGGUUCGAGAAUGUCAAUGCCUAAUAUCGAACGUACAUGAAAGCAUCAUCAAAGCAACUAGGAAAGUGUUCCCUGAAAUAACACAUGGCUACUGCAUCUUCCACCUCUUGUCGAACCUCAAAACAAAAUUCAAGAAAAAUGCAAAGCAUUUCGAGUGCCAUUCUUUGCGCAAAAGCUUACACAGAAAUGGAGUUUGA